AUGAGUACAAAAACACAUACAUCGUUUACUCGACUAAAGUACGACGAUUGUAUUGAUGUCAACAAUCAAACAGUCGAAAUAGAUCCUGUCGAACAUAUUCGUCGAUGUACAUUGUACAAAGAUAUUGAUAUUUGGUCAUAUUACAAAUCAAUCUAUCCCAAUGUUCGUACACUCGGUGAUGUAUUAGAUCAUGGUCAAACUCUUUCAAAAGACGGUCCAUGUAUAGGUCUUGUUCAAUCGGAAAAUAAGGCAGAACCUAUUCGCUGGUUGUCUUAUUCAACGGUAUCAGAAAGAGCACGUUACAUUGGAUCUUAUUUAUGGACAGAAACAAAACUCGUUCCUAUGAAUUCGAAAGUAGCCAUAAUGUCAGUCAAUAGACCAGAAUAUGCCAUUAUGGGAUAUGGUUGUUACAUAAAAGUGAGACAACUUUUUGGUAAUGAAGUGUCAGCAAUGUUAUCAGCAUCGGCACCGAUUUCACGGGAUGUACUGCAUUUUUUUCGUAUUGCACUCGAUAUUCCCAUCUAUGAACUCUUUGGACAAACAGAAUCGACUGGUGUAGGAACAACUACACACAUAAUUGACAAGUCAUGCGGAACAGUUGGCACAUCCCUGUGCACAGUUGAAAUCAAAUUAAUCGAUGUACCUGAAACGAAUUAUCGAAGUGAAAAUAAUCAAGGUUAUUAUGAUGAUGCGAUAAAAACACGGGAAACAAUAGACGAAGCCGGUUGGUUACAUACAGGUGAUGUUGGUGAAUGGACAGCUAAUGGAACAUUGCGCCUUAUUGAUCGUAGUAAACACAUCUUUAAAUUGAAUCAAGGCGAAUAUAUUGCACCUGAACAUCUAGAAGAUAUCUAUCUUCAUUCUCGAUGGAUUUCUCAAAUAUUUAUCGAUGGUUGUUCAACAGAAGCAACAGUCGUGGCCAUUGUUGUACCAGAUGAAGAGUACGUACGAAAGAAUUUUAUUUUAACAGAGACAAAAACAUUUGAAGAAUUAUGCAAAAGCGGUGAGUUAAAACAAUUAAUGAUGAUCGAUUUGCUGCAAUUGGCUAAAAAAAACAAAUUGAAACAUUUUGAAACAGUCAGCAAUAUUUAUCUUCAUCAUGAGCCAUUUUCGCAACAGAAUGAUCUAAUCACAACAACAUUCAAGACACGACGUGUAGUCGCGCGACAACGCUUCCAAACGAUCAUUAAUUCACUUUACAAUGUCAAUGGAAAACAAAAAUAA